AUGGCUAAUGACAAAUCCAUCCAUGAGAAAAGGUUUGAAGCAGCCGUAAAGAUAAUGAAAAGUUUACCUGAAGAUGGUCCUUUCCAGCCUUCUGACAAUAUGCUGAACAUGUUUUACGGCUACUACAAGCAGGCCACAGCUGGACCAUGUGAUGCGCCCAAGCCUGGAUUCUGGGACUCCACUGGUCAGGCCAAAUGGGAAGCAUGGAAGGCCUUGGGGGAUAUGCCAAAGGAGAAAGCCAUGAUGGAGUAUGUUCAGGAAAUUCAGUUGAUAUUAGAAACCAUUCCCCUCACAGAAGACGUGGCUGACCUGUUAGAGGCGCUUGGAUCAUUUUAUGAAGUGGUUGAAGAUGAUGAAAUUAAUGGAGAGGUUGAAUUCCACUCAGCUGUUGCUGAAACCACACUUAGUAGACCUAUGACAAACACCAAAGCAGAUGAUAAUGAUGGCAAGGCAUCCAAGGAGGGAGAUGAUGAGGAGGAAGAUGAAAGUGAAAGCUUUGAGGGAGAUGUUACAGAAGAUGAUACAGGGAUGGAGAUGGCUGAUUCAGUGGAUACUCCAGUGGACCUGACUAGGCAUAGAGUAGAAGACUGCUUUUUAAGAGGAGGUACACAGACACCCAGCAGCGUCUCCUCUCUGACCACUGCCACACACAGCUCUCUCAACAGUCAGGAGGAAGAGGAGGAGCUGGCCUUCAUCAGAGAUGGCAGCAGCCUCCACAAUGAUGAGAGUGAGGCUGCCACUGUACUGAACCCUGAGGCUGCUCCUGCUGAGGAGGAGCCUAUGGCACCGCCGCUCAAAGAGGAGGUAAAGACAGGUUCAGAAGUUCCCAGAGUCUGUUUGGCAGAGAGCAAAGCUGCAAGGGCCAACGGGCCGGACUCACAAGGGGAAAACAGUGUGUCAGAAUGUGAGAGCCUGGAUGGAACACUGCAGGGACACAUCCCCCUCCCACCAGGACUUGGAACAGUCCGGCCUGACAGGAUCUCGUCAAGGACAGGAAGGGUCUCCAAGUCAGAGUCAACCGACCCGGUGACCCAAAGUGACCUGUUGGGUUGUUGUGGUAACAGUCCGCGCCAAGAGACCACUGGAGAUGUAGGGGGCGGGACUUUAAGACAGCAGGAUGUCAACACACGGGUCUCCAUGGCGCUGUUGCAGCUACAGGAAGACAUGCAGAAUGUUCUGGACAGACUGAACUCUUUAGAAGCUUUGACAUCAACACAGCAUGGAUUGUUGACUCUCAGACAUGAUAAUUACCCAAGCUUUGCAAAAAAGAUGUUGUCAUGGUGGCCUUUUGAAUUGAGUCCUAUUACAGUCACGCUGGCUGUAGUCUGGCCCUUUGUGACACACUGGCUGGCAUGGCUGUACAGACAGAGAAGACAAAGGUGUAUUGUCCUGGGAGAGAUUAUAUCUUUAUUGUAG